AUGCCUUUAUCCCGUACUAGAUCACUUGUUACGAGCAUUAAUGGCAAUCCAGGUUCAACUCCAAAGGAGUCAUUUCUUCCACAAAUUAAUGAUCGAAGUACAAAAACAUCCCUUCCUCCAAUUAAAAGUCAAACAGUCGGGGGGUUCAAAACUGUCUGUCAAAACAACAUACCCAAUCGGCAUUUGUACGAUAAUGAGAGGGAUCACAGUGAUACUUCAGCAUCCCAAACUGUUCCUCAGCUUCCAGAAGUCCGUCCUGCGACCAGUGGAGAUAGUUCAUCCAGCAACAAAAGCUGCUCUGGAAAGUCUAAAAUUCUUGUUGCUACUCCAGAACAAGUAAUGAAAUUGUACAUGCAUAAACUGACCCCUUAUGAACAGCAAGAAAUUUAUUCUUAUUCUCAUAUUUACUUCAUUGGUGCAAAUGCUCCUAAGAGGCAAGGUAUCAUUGGUGCUCCAUCAAACUGUGGCUAUGAUGAUAGUACAGGAUCGUACAUUCAUGUUCCUCAUGAUCAAAUAUCUUACAGGUAUGAAAUGCUUAAAGUGAUUGGAAAAGGGAGUUUCGGACAAGUUAUCAAAGCCUUUGAUCAUAAAACUUCUCAAUACGUUGCCCUGAAAAUGGUACGAAAUGAGAAAAGAUUCUUUCGACAAGCUCAGGAAGAGAUCCGCAUCCUCGAUCAUUUAAGAAAACAGGAUAAAGAUAAUACAAUGAAUAUCGUUCACAUGUAUGAACACUUUACAUUCCGUAAUCACGUUUGCAUCACAUUUGAGCUUCUCAGUAUUAAUCUGUAUGAACUUAUAAAGAAAAACAAAUUUCAAGGUUUUAGUUUGCAACUCGUGCGGAAAUUUGCCCAUUCGCUGCUGCAGUGUUUAGAUGCCCUGUACAGGAAUAAAAUUAUUCAUUGUGAUUUAAAACCCGAAAAUGUGCUUUUGAAGCAGCAAGGACGCAGUGGAAUUAAGGUAAUUGAUUUUGGAUCCAGUUGCUUUGAAGAUCAGAGAGUAUAUACGUAUAUUCAAUCACGCUUCUACAGAGCACCAGAAGUUAUUCUAGGUUCUAAGUAUGGGAUGCCGAUUGAUAUGUGGAGUUUAGGUUGUAUUCUCGCGGAACUCUUGACGGGCUAUCCUUUGCUACCUGGUGAAGAUGAGAGUGACCAGCUUGCUUGCAUGAUAGAACUCCUAGGUAUGCCAUCUCCCAAGCUCUUAGAGCAAUCUAAACGUGCCAAGACAUUCAUCAAUUCCAAGGGAUAUCCGCGGUAUUGCACGGCUACCGUGCAACCUGAUGGAAAGAUAGUAUUGAGUGGGGGCAGGUCUCGGCGAGGGAAAUUGCGUGGACCACCCGGAAGUAAAGAUUGGAUCAGAGCAUUACGUGGCUGCGAUGAUGUGCUAUUUAUCGACUUUUUAAAGAGAUGUCUGGAGUGGGAUCCAGUUGCCCGUAUGACACCACCGGCUGCUUUGCGUCAUGGCUGGUUGCGACGUCGUUUGCCUAGACCCCCUCAGAGCACCAGCAAUACUGCAGGCAGUGACCCUUCACAUCGAUCAUAUAUGCAAGAAGGCAGUAGCAGCGGUAUAGUGGAUGUACGUACUAGUCUAGCCCCAAAGCCUAUUGUAAAUGCUUCAAAAUCUAGAACAGCUUUGAGUAGUGCUGGAGAGAAUAUUACGAGUAUUAUCGAUUCUCGUACAUUACCUUCUCUUGGUAAGAUUCCUUAA